UGUAAGAAGCAUGGUAACAAACAUUUGUUGUUACACCUCUGUAAUACGGACUGCAAUUACCACCAGUUACAUGUUGUGGGUGCACCGCAACUAUGAAAUGUUACAAUUAAUUACAAUACCUUAAAAUGAAGUGUUACCAAAAUACCCAUCCAUCAUGAUUUCAAAAUCCUACCCCUAUUUGCAGGUGAGACAACAAACAGGUCAACAUUUAUUUUCGUUAAUGAACCAAUAAAAACCUCCAGUGAAGCUCAGAGUUACUGCAGAGAGUACCACACAGACCUGGCCAGUGUGAGGAACCAGACUGAGAACCAGGAGAUACAGAAGAUGGUGUCUAAGGGUAGUAAAGUGUGGAUCGGCCUGUUCAGAGACUCCUGGAAGUGGUCGGAUGGGAGUGACUCCUCCUUCAGGCACUGGAAGCCUACACAACCCAAUAACAAUGGAGGGGUUCAGUCCUGUGGUGCUGCAGUGUACAAAGAAGGACAAUCGUGGACGGACAGAUGGUUUGAUUGGAAUUGUAACGACAGACAUCCCUUUGUUUGCUCCAGUGUAAAGAAGACACAGCAGGUUGUGAGAGUGAAGCUGACCCCAAAGGACCAGAACAUGGUGCUGACUGAUAUUGUCGUGCAAGAGGCCAUCUUGCAACAGAUAAAGAAGGAGCUGAGAGGUAAGGGGAUGCCUGAUGACAUCAAACUAAUAUGGAAGGAGCAGCUCAAUGAAAAGAUAUUUCACAAGGAAGAAAAUAAGGAUUCCCAGAAGAAGGAGAGGAAAGACGUCAUGACAAAGUUAGAAUUCUAAAUUGGGGAAAGGUCUCAUUCAUAUAUAUAUAUAUUCAUAUAUAUAUAUUCAUAUAUAUACAGUUGUAGUAAGACGUUUACAUACACUUAGGUUGGAGUCAUUAAAACGUAUUUUUCAACC